AUGGCAUUGCUUAGCAACCUGAUGGCAGCUUACACUUUCAUUGCAGACCAACCUGAGCGGGCAGCCCUGGUGUUUCUGGGUGGGGUGUCUGCCGGCCUCCUCGUCACACUCUGUGCCAUCGUCUUCCAGAUACACUGUCGAGCAGACUGUAACUACGGAAACAACAGCACUGCUCUUGUUGCGACUGGAGGGGCUGGGCCUGUGGGGGACAGUGAGUCAGAAGAGUGGGACGACCCGUCUGACCCGUCGGCACGACGACGCAGACGCUUUGAGAGAGCUCUGCUGCAUGCCAGCAUGUUCACAUCGUCUGAGGAGUUGGACCGAGCCCAGCGGCUAGAACAGCGGGAAAGGAUUCUCCGGGAGAUCUGGAUGAACGGACAACCUGACAUCAGCACAGUCACUCAGAGCCUCAACAGAUAUUACUGA